AUGCCAGUUUCUACAUUGAAUAUUCCCCAGCAAAAGGACAUUGAUCAGUGGCCUCAUCUUAAACCUGUUAAGCUUCAUAGCAUCAAUGCAGAUGUGGAACUACUGAUAGGAACUGAUGCUUCAAAUGUUUUAGAGCCCUGGGAGGUGAUCAACAGUGUAGAUGGUGGGCCUUAUGCUGUAAAAACUAAAGUUGGCUGGGUCAUAAAUGGUCCCCUGCACACUAGAAGCCACAGCAAAAAUAGAAAUGUUUGCACUGCUGUGACAGCCAACAGGAUCUCUGUUGAGCAUCUUGAAGAAAUGCUGAUCAAACAGUACAAUCAUGAGUUUAACGAAAGAUCAUCAGAGGAGAAAACUGAAAUGUCUAGAGAGGAUUUGCAUUUCAUGAACAUUGUCAAUAACUCUACAAAACUUAUUAAAGGCCAUUAUAAUAUUGACUUACCUUUCAGGAGUGAAAGCCCCUGCUUUCCAAAUAACAUCUGUGUUGCAGAGCAGCGCCUCCAGAGCCUCAGAAGGAGAUUUGAAAAGGAUGCUGAGUACAAGGAGGAAUACACUGCAUGUGUAAACAACAUGCUGCAGCAAGGACAUGCUGAGGCUGUACCAGCAGAGGACCUACAGAAAGGUAAUGGACAACUGUGGUACAUUCCUCAUCAUGGAGUGCAUCAUCCCACAAAAGGAAAGUUGAGAGUUGUAUUUGAUUGUGGAUCAACCUACAAAGGAGCAUCACUGAACAGUCAGCUUUUACAGGGACCUGACCUCACAAACUCUCUGGUUGGAGUUCUCAUUAGAUUUAGAAAGGAGCCUGUUACACUAAUGGCUGACAUUAAUGCCAUGUUUCACCAAGUUUGUGUCUCUGAAAAACAUGUCAACUUCCUUCGUUUCCUGUGGUGGCAUCAUGGUGACACAUCAAAACCUGCACAGGAGUUCAGGAUGUUGGUUCAUUUGUUUGGAGCAGUGUCUUCACCCAGCUGUGCAAAUUAUGCUCUGCAAAGAACUGCUGAUGAUAACGCACAACAGUUUCCAGCUGAAGUGGUUGAUACUAUCAAAAAUAACUUUUAUGUGGAUGACUGUUUAAAAUCUGUUCCCACAGAAGAAGAUGCAAUUCACAUGGUGAAGAGGCUGACGGACCUCUGCUCUAAGGGAGGAUUUGUGCUCUCAAAAUGGGUAAGCAACAGUCGCACAGUGCUCAUGUCCAUUCCAGAGGAAAGGAGAGCAAAAGAAAUUAAGAAUCUGGAUUUGGACACAGAUGAACUUCCGGUCGAGAGAGUACUGGGUUUACAGUGGAGCAUUGAAACAGAUGAGUUCAAGUUCAGAACCUCUGUGCAGGACCGCCCACAGACCAGAAGGGGCAUUUUGUCUGUGGUUAGUUCACUAUAUGAUCCCUUGGGAAUCCUAGCUCCCUUCAGUAUGCCAGCUAAACUGCUGCUACAAGAACUUUGUCGACAAAACUUGAAGUGGGAUGAAGUUAUUCCCCAUUCUCUUUGUAGGAAGUGGCUCGACUGGCUGGAGGACCUCCAGCUGAUCUCCAGUUUUAAGGUGGAUCGUUGCAUCAAACCAAGCUGCAUCAGGAAACCAGACAAAGCACAACUUCAUCAUUUCUCUGACGCAAGUCAAGACGGCUAUGGAACAGUGUCAUAUUUAAAACUGGAAAAGAAUAACAUCUCACAUGUUGCUUUCAUUCUAGGAAAAGCAAGAGUUGCUCCUAUGAAGCAAACAACAAUCCCCAGGUUGGAACUGACCGCUGCUGUUCUUGCUGUCCGAGUCAAUAAACUGCUGCAAAAGGAGCUGCAAAUACAAUUGGAAAAACCUGUUUUCUGGACUGAUAGUACAACAGUACUAAAAUAUAUCUCCAGUGAAACCAGAAGAUUUCACACCUUUGUUGCAAACAGGAUCUCUGUCAUCCGAGAAGCAACAGAUGUGAAUCAGUGGAGAUAUGUUUCCUCCAAGGAAAAUCCUGCAGAUGAUGCAUCCAGAGGCAUGAGAGCUGAGGAGUUCAUUAAAUGCAGGAGAUGGAUAAAUGGGCCUGAAUUUCUCCACAGAUCAGAAGAGGAAUGGCCUAAACUGGAUGUGGAUCACCAUGCAAUUCCUGCAGAUGACCCAGAGGUCAAAAGGGACCUAGCCGUGAGUGUUCUUGUGAAGGAGUCACAAAAUCCUACAAGCUAUCUGAUUCAUUAUUUUUCAUCUUGGACAAAGCUUAAAACCUCUGUUGCUUGGUUUUUAAAGCUGAAAAACAUUCUGAUGCUGUUGCAACAGAAAAGGAAGGAGUUUGCUGCUGCAGACAUAAAUAAAAAUGAACCAGAAAAGCAAAACAAAGCCCUAGACAAGCAGAUAGAAAGAUUCAAGACCACUCUGAAGACAGAAAAUCUGACUCCUGAAGACUUGGCCAAGGCAGAACUAGCCAUUAUUCAGUUUGCACAACAACAGAAAUUUACAACUGAACUGGCUUUAAUCACCAGGGGCCUUAAAGCAGUCUCUAAGAGAAGUUCUUUAUACAAACUCGACCCAGUAUUGGAUGCUGGAGUCCUCAGAGUGGGUGGCAGGUGUAACAGAGGAAAGUUUAUUGAACAAAAGAUGGCAGAUCUGCCAGAAGAGAGAGUCCUGCCAGCCACCGCUCCUUUUACAAAUGUUGGAGUGGAUUACUUUGGUCCUGUAAGUGUUAAAAGAGGACGAAGCCUCCUGAAAAGACUCUACAGCUCCAAGAGGAACAUGGAUGAUGGCCAAGGUCCUGAGCGUAAACCAGGAUGUAAAAGGCUUGGUGCGCUCUGUGCGAUUACAAACAAAGACCAGCGUUCUCGAAAGACCCGUGACCAAACUUGUUUUGCUACUGGAAGCAUCAACCUGAAGAAUUAA